GAGAGGGGGUUGCAGGCAACAGCUUGAAUGCUGGUGAGGGUGAGAGGCUGCUGGUGGGGCUGGUAGAGGGCGGGGAUCCACACACUGCGCAGUGCAGAGGGGGGGGUGCUGGGAUCCUGUAUCCUGGUGAGGGUGGGAGGUUGCCUCGGCACCGCAGUGAUAAUCUGUCGGGGCAUUACUCAGCGUACUCGCACGCGCUGCUGACUCCACUGAAGGGCGGCGGUGGAGGAACAGGCGGAUUGGGCGCAGCAGAGAGAGCAGGAGCUGCAGAAGGAAGAGCAGUAGCAGAGGGAGCAGGCUCAGCAGCGGAAGCAGCUGCAGCAGAAGACUUUGUGCCGAUGCCGGUAGCACAAGGGCCAGGAGCAGGAGCAGCCCGUAGCAGCAGUAGAGUCCGGCCACUGUAAUGUGGCAUUUGAGGGCGCAAUUAUGGGGGGCGCAAUAAAGGGGAAUCUGCCCCAGGAAGGAGGGCAGCGUGGUUAUAAAUCCGAGGUUCCUCAUUCUGUGACUGCACACCUGGCAUUUUCGGUACACGGGAAAGCCUCUCCUAAGGAAAAACACG